AUGGAUUUCCCAUUUUUUCAUGGAAAGAUAACAAAAAGAACCUGUGAAGAACUGCUGGGAAAGAACAGAAAGAAUGGUAGCUAUUUAAUACGAGAGAGUGAAAGUAUGGAAGGAGCUUUGUGUCUCUGUGUUUUCUUUGAAGAUCUCAUCUACACUUACCGUAUCUUCAGAGAACACCAAGGAUAUUUUAGAAUACAGACUACUGAAGGUGUCCCAGAUAAGAUCUUCAGAACGUUAAAGGACCUAAUAUACACUUAUGAAAAGCCAAAUCAAGGACUAAUAAUAAACCUCCGCUACCCAGUAAAGAAACAAAAGGCCUCACAAAGAAGCCAGAGGUUCAAGUCAGGAAAGGAUGGCAUUUAUGAUGAAAUUGAUGACAGCGAAUACGUCACUGUCUUACCCUGA